CACCCCCGCCGCACCCGCCCUGCGCGUCGCCCGCCCGCCCGGGGCCGCUCGCGCGGCCGCCCACCAUGGCCUCCGAGGAGCUGUACGAGGUCGAAAGGAUUGUAGACAAAAGGAAAAACAAGAAAGGGAAGACAGAGUACUUGGUCCGAUGGAAAGGCUACGACAGUGAGGACGACACCUGGGAGCCGGAGCAGCACCUGGUGAACUGUGAGGAGUACAUCCACGACUUCAACCGGCGCCACAUCGAGAAGCAGAAAGAGAGCACCUUCACCCGGACAAACAGGACCUCUCCAAACAAUGCCAGGAAGCAGAUCUCCAGAUCCACCAACAGCAACUGUUCAAAGACCUCCCCUAAAUCCCUGGUGAUUGGCAAAGACCACGAGCCAAAAAACAGCCAGCUCUUUGCCGCCAGCCCAAAGUUCAGGAAAAACGCAGCUCCAGCCCUCUCCAACCGGAAGAAUAUGGACCUCGCAAAAUCAGGGAUCAAGAUCCUCGUGCCUAAGAGCCCCAUUAAGAGCAGGACAGCCGUCGAUGGCUUUCAGAGUGAGAGCCCCGAGAAGCUCGACUCCGUGGAGCAGGGUCAGGAGGACACAGUGGCGCCCGAGGUGGCCGCCGAGAAGCCGGUUGGAGCCCUGCUGGGCCCUGGUGCCGAACGAGCAAGGAUGGGCAGCAGGCCCCGGAUCCACCCACUGGCGUCCCAGGCGGCGGGCCCGGUGACUGCAGCCAUGGCCACGGGAUUAGCCGUUAACGGGAAGGGAACAUCUCCGUUCAUGGAUGCGCUAACAGCCAACGGGACAACCAGCAUACAGGCACCUGUCACUGGCGUGUCAGCCGGGAAAAGGAAAUUUAUUGACGACAGAAGAGACCAGCCUUUCGACAAGCGGUUGCGCUUCAGCGUGAGGCAAACGGAGAGUGCCUACCGAUACAGGGACAUUGUCGUCAGGAAGCAGGACGGUUUCACCCACAUCUUGUUAUCGACAAAGUCGUCAGAAAAUAAUUCACUGAACCCCGAGGUGAUGAAAGAAGUGCAAAGCGCCCUGCACACAGCGGCAGCCGACGACAGCAAGCUCGUGCUGCUCAGCGCCGUAGGCAGCGUCUUCUGCUGCGGGCUUGAUUUUAUUUAUUUUAUCCGGCGUUUAACAGAUGACAGAAAGAGAGAAAGCACUAAAAUGGCAGAAGCUAUCAGAAACUUCGUGAAUACUUUCAUCCAGUUUAAGAAGCCAAUCAUUGUGGCAGUGAACGGCCCUGCCAUUGGACUGGGAGCCUCCAUCUUGCCUCUUUGUGACGUGGUCUGGGCCAACGAGAAGGCCUGGUUUCAGACACCCUACACCACUUUCGGGCAGAGCCCCGACGGCUGCUCCACAGUUAUGUUUCCCAAGAUUAUGGGAGGAGCAUCUGCAAAUGAAAUGUUAUUUAGUGGACGGAAACUGACAGCGCAGGAGGCCUGUGGCAAAGGACUGGUCUCCCAGGUGUUCUGGCCGGGGACGUUCACCCAGGAAGUUAUGGUUCGAAUUAGGGAACUUGCCUCGUGCAAUCCAGUUGUGCUUGAGGAGUCCAAGGCCCUCGUGCGCUGCAACAUGAAGAUGGAGUUGGAGCAGGCCAACGAGAGGGAGUGCGAAGUGCUGAAGAAAAUCUGGGGCUCGGUCCAAGGAAUGGACUCCAUGUUGAAAUACCUACAGAAGAAAAUCGAUGAGUUUUGAUGGGCCAGCCACCUCCCGAACAGCACUGGAACUGUGGCUCCCGGUGGCCUGCGUUUACCCUUAGCUCACGCUUGGAACCAGGACUGGAGCCGUCCAAGCUAUUUAUUACCAAGGAGUUUUUGAGUACUGUACCUUUAAAAUAAACAACUACAACGCUCCUCUGUCCAAACGUCAUUAUUUUGUACUUAAUUUACCCCCCGAGUCUACAAGUAUCAUGGUGAGCACUAGGCUGCUCUUUGGAGCUCUACUUUUUGUUCUCUUGGGCUAGUACUGUAUACAAAGGAAAAGAAUUGUGUCUUGCUGUUUCAGGAGAGUUCUGGAAUAGUGUUUGUUUUCCACAUUUUUCCCUUCAGGGACACAGAAUCUAAAGGGGGUGUUGGCCAGCCUCAACCUUCCCUGCCCCAGGUGGCCAUACAGCAAGAUCUGAGAGAAUGCCUUUGUCUUCAAGAAGGUGUAAAUACCUCAGAGGUGAGAAAUUCUAAAUCAAAAGUGAGGCUUAGGAUACAUACUCCUGAUGAAAAAGCCACUGGCAGGCAUACCCCCAAACUAAAUGUAUGCUUGUGAUUCAUUCAUGCUGAGAAACGUUUCCCCUCUCUUUUUUUUCCAUACAUCCAGUUCUUACCCAGUUAACAUAAAGAAACCACUGUCUCUCUAGAAGAAAGCUUGUUUUGCAGUAUUAGUGAAUCACUGAAUAGCUUAAGUAGGGAUGUCUAAGUUAUAAGUUAGUCUUAGUGGGUUUCAAAUAAUCAGUUUUUCUGACCCUUUUGAAAAAUAUAACUACAUAAUUGCUUCUUGUUGCUGGGUGAGAAAUACAACUUUAUAUACAGUUUUGGUUUUCUGUUUGCAGAUACAAUUGUAUUACACCAAAAAAAGUAUUUUUAUGUUUAAAAACUGUAAUUUUUAGGUUCACUUAGAAUAUAUUUUAUUUAAUAAGUUAAACUUCUUUUGGCACACUGUUAAAUGCAGAAACUCCUUUCAAAAAAAAAAAAAACUACCUUCUAUUAGACAUCUAAUGUUCUUUGUGCUUUCAUGUCUACACAAUAUCCUGAAGACAAAUGGUGUCCAAGAGUGCCCUGUGUACAUAGACAUUGUGCAUUCCUUCCGGGAGUGGUGACUGAUUCCUGACUCCAGGUGCCUAUUAUUUAGGCCUCUGAGCUGGCAAUCAUAUUGAAUGUAUGAAGAAUGAAAUAAAAUCAAAACCUUAUUUUUGUACAGUUUUGAAGUUUAUACUUAGAACUGACCACCUCCCCGGCCACGCGGAGAGCUGUAUAAUGUGUAAAUCUGCCUCAACCUUGGAUCGAUUGGUACAGUAGUUUUGCAUCUGUGGGACCCACUUUUUUUGUUAAGUAGUUUGAACUAUAUAUAAACUGUACAAUCUGUAAAGUUUUUAUAGAAUUAAAUAUUCAGCUGUGAAAACUGGUUAAAUAAAACUAAUAUUUCUUAACACA